UAUUUCCAAGAAUAUACGUCUUAUGUCAGCCAAUGUCAUCCAACAUUUAAAAUAUGUGUUUUUUAUGUUUUCUAUGUUCUAAUAUUUUCAAAAUAAUUAUAAAUUAUGAUUAAAAAUGUUACAGAAAUAUUACAUUUCAUCGAAUUAGAUUAUAUUAAAUCGUCAAAUUAAAUUAUUUUUGUGCAACUAUUUUUGCUAUGUCGUCCAAUUUUCCAUAAAGAAUCGUUUACAUGUUGGCACUACUGUUGAUCGCACGUAUUUUACUUAGAAUGUACAUCAUUUAUUCCUGGUCCCUCUGGGCGAAUGUAAACAGAAUUUUUUCGCAAAUAUGAAGUGACACGGCCGAUCUAUGCGGCUACGACUCGUGCAUGGAAACUGUAAUUUGUAAUAUCGUGUCGACCGUUUUAGCAGUUCAUAAGACCUCAAAUAUUAGUUUUAAACGCAUUACGGUAACCAGAAGAUAUACCUAGCGAAUAAAACGGGUUUACGUUCGACCGCCCGUAAUGUAAGUUCAGUGAAAUAGUGUGGAGACGGUUUAUAAUACAUGGAAGUGCAAUGAGGGAUCUGCAGAAAUUCGUUGACUGCUUGCUGACGUGAUGGGAGCACAAGAUGUCUUCAAACAUAGCAGAUCCCAACAAAUUUCAAGAAGAAAUGUUUUUAAAAUCAAGUUUUAAAAAUGUAUUAAACCAUGAUGAUGUUAUUAAAUAUCCAAUUGCAAAAAGAAUGACAGAAACUCUGUGCUAUAAUUUAAAGAAAUGUGAAAAUAAUAUUACAUACAUAUCAAGAAAUAAUAUUCUUUCCCAAAAGGUAGACAUUAAUUGGAUGCAAGAUAAUCCAUGUGACACAACUGAAUUUUCAGAAACUAUUAAGUAUUCAUCUGAUAUAUGUUUAGUUAAUCAUUGUAUGUUAAAUGAGGAUGUUAAUUUUAAUUGUAAUUGUAAUAUAAUGCAUUAUCAACAACAUAAACAAAUUUCACAAAAUUAUAUGUAUUCUAUAUAUAAUUUAUGGAGAAUUAGAACAAAUAAAAGUUUGCCAUUAUUGAUUACAAACAGAGUUGGUACACAGUGGAGGAAUUGCUUUUGGAGAAUAUUUUUAAUUCCUUUUAUCAUUUUAUUAUUAUGUACAACAAUAUGUAGUGCAGAUCCUAAUCAAUGUGCAGUUGGUCUAACAACACCUGGAAGAACUUGGCCACAAGGUGAUAUUGUUCUUGAAUAUGGUCAACCUUUGAGAAUACUUUGUAUACUGGAUGAAUUUCCUGGAAAAAAUGCUUCAGAUCUUGUUUUCUUUCGUAAUCAAAAAGAAAUGGAACCACAAUUUAUUAAGAUUAUAAAUGAAACUACAAUAUCAUUGGAUGUUGAAAAACCUCCACCUGCAGAAGAUAUGUAUUAUUGUAGAUUAAGAUUACAAAAUAAUCGCAGUAAGCAACUCGAAGCAGUUUGUUUGAAUAAAGUUGUGGUUGGUUUUAAACCUCAAGAACCACAAAACUUUAGUUGUGUAUCUUAUAAUUGGGAAAAUAUGAUAUGCUCAUGGGAACCUGUUCAAAACUAUGUUACAACAACACAUACACUUGUAUUUAAAUUACCGGGAAGAGCAGGAGGUAGAAAAUUAUAUCCAUGUCCAAAACAAGAAAAAGAUGAAAAACGAAAUAUGUGUUUGUGGGAUACAUCUACUAAUCCAAUUUAUCGACAACCAUAUGAAUAUUAUACAUUUAUAUUGAAUGUAAAUAAUGUUCUUGGAAACAGCAGUUUUACAUAUAAAUUUCAUCAUUUUGCUCAUGUUAUUCCUGCAAAACCAGCUAAUCUAUCAGUUAUUAAUAAAACAUCUGAUAGUGCAUUAUUACACUGGAGUGUGCCUUAUCCAAUGCAAAAUUUUCCACCUGGAUUAUAUCAUAGAAUUAUGUAUCAAAAUCAAUGGGAUCAUCAAAAAGUUUGGCAGGUAAUCAAUAUUACGAAUGAUAUUCACUUGGAUAGAAGAAAUUAUAAUCUUACUGGAUUGGAAUAUGCAAAUACUGCAUAUGAUGUACGAGUUUUCAUGAAAAGUGCUGUCGCGACUGGAGAAGACAAAUGGAGUAACUUUAGUGACGUUACUUUUAGAACACCACCAAGAUUACCUGGCCGUCCUCCAAAAACCGAUAUUGGAAGCUUUGAAAUAGCAGAGAACAGUGCUAGUAGGGACGUAUAUUUGUACUGGCAAGCUAUACCACAGUAUUUAGAAAAUGGUGAUUGUUUCAAGUAUGAAAUUGUUCAUGUAGAAGAAAAUGGAAGAAAAUUAUCACUUGUGCCGAAUGAAACUACGAGAACAUACGCUAAAUUUAAAGGAAUUAAAAUACAUUCUAAUUAUAGAUUCGAAAUUGUCACAACAAACAUUGUUGGAGCGAAUAAAAAACGUGCUAAAAUUUUUGUACCUAGUCAAUACGAAAUACCACAAGAACCUGUAGCAUUUACAAAAAUUGCAUUUGAUGGAGGUCUAUAUGAAUUAUCAUGGAAACCACCUAAUAUGAAUAGAGAAAUCGUAAAUUAUACAAUUUUUUGGUGUGAUAAUGAACGCGAUCGUCCUUAUCAGUGUAAUGGUUAUCUAGAUUGGGUACAUGUAUCGAAAAAUACAACAAUUUAUAAUAUGACAGUACCAGAUCCCGACAAAGUAUACCAAUUUGCAAUUUCUGCAAAUACGAAUAAAGGUAGUAGCGGUAUGGUAUGGGCAUCAUGUACUGUAAUACAUAACAAAGUUGUUGGAAAGAUGAAGUCUGUAUGGAUAAAUCGAAUUGGUUCGGAUUUUAUUGAAGUUGGUUGGAAAUUAGAUUGUUCGGAUCGCAUUGGAAUAGUAGAAGGAUUUAAUAUUUAUUACUGUCCUAUUGUUUCGCCAUAUAAUCUGAAUUGUAAAGGUCCAAAACUUAAUACAACGAUAAAAGCCGAUCCUCAUACCAUUCAUGGCAUUGUGAACAAUUUAAAACCAUAUACAACAUAUAUGUUAGCUGUUGCUGUUCUAACUAAAAGUGGAGAAGGAUUGCAUAGUGAUCCUUUAUAUAAUACAACACUUGAAGCUGCACCAACAACUCCACCACAGGAUGUAAGAAUUAUUAAUGUGACAAAUACGACAAUGUAUAUUACUUGGAAACCACCAGAAGCAAUGAAUGGCGUAUUGCGUUAUUAUGAGGUUUAUUACAACGAUCACAUGCAAAAAGUUGAAGAAGCAAAUCAUAUUGAAUUAAAAGGCCUGUUAGCACAUACGAAUUAUAGUAUUAGCAUAGCAGCAUGUACUGUGUCUUGUAGUAUAAAAUCGCCUACAAUUUCCAAGAUUACGAAAAUCGGAGUACCGGGAACAGUGAAUAUACGUAACGUACGCUUUAUGAAUUCAAGCCAAGUGAUUGUUAUUUGGAAUAAACCCGAAUAUUCUGCUGGAUAUUUGAAUUAUUAUGAAAUAUUAAGUGACGAUGAAAUACAAAAUAGUACUAGAACAGAGGCUCAGAUACCUAUUUCUGAUUGUAAAACUCUAGGACGAGAAAAAUUAUAUCAGUUUCGUGUAAGAGCUGUUAAUAUUGCAUCAGAUAAUACACAUUUAAAAGGCCCUUGGUCUGAACCUGGUGAAGGAAACUGUUAUAGUGAUGGGCCAUCAUUUAGUGUAUGGCUUGUAAUGUGGGUAAUAGGAGCUAUUAGUAUUGUAGCAUUUCUUCUUUGUCUUGCACAUGUAUCAAAAAGAAUGUGGUUGAAGUGUAAAGCUAUGCAAGAUGUUGAAGUUAAAUUACCACCAGGAUUAGCACCAAAUAUGAAACUUCUUCAAAAAGUGGGUGAACAACAUAUACGACAAUCUUCUGCUGAUUCAAGUGGUUGCUCAAGCGGACAAGAAUCUGUUACCUCUUCGCUAACAUCAGACUCUCAGGUUUCAAGUGAUAGUGGUACAGAGAUAGAUCCGAUGCCGGUAUCGCCCAAUAAAUUACUCGAAACUCUACCAGCUUGGGAAUCUUCGAGUCUUCGUCAGAGAAAUGUUGGAAUUACUAAACCAUUUACGGAAACAGCACGCUGGGAAUCAUAUGUGAAAGUUACAAAAUCUGGAGAACCUAUUAUUGGAGACACAUUAUCUUUGGCACGAUCCACACCUAAUUUAACUGAUAGUACAGGUUAUACUACUUCACAACAUACUUGGUCUUCAACUGGUUACAUUAGUAUGCCAUCAUCAGAAGAAUUAUCUAGUAAUCCAAGUCCUGUUCCUAAAGAAACUUCAACUACAGGUGGUUAUAGUAUUAUAGGAACAGUUCCUAAAUCUAUAAAAUCGAAAUCGGAAGAUGAUAGUGAUUUAACCGAAUCCACUGCGGAUACAUUAAUAUCUACUAAGUCAGAAUCUAAAUCUACAAAUCCAUACAUUACUUUGGCAUCUUUAGAGCAGAAACAAAAAGAUAAGAAAACUAUUGAUACUUUACACGAUUUAGAUGAAUUAACGUUUAUUGAAUCGAACAAAUCAAAAUUAGACUCUUUGACUUCAUUUUCACCUUCUGACAAAGCUUCUAAACCAUAUGUGCAAACAGGUUUAAUUGAUCCACUGAAGAAGCCAUUUUCCUUAAGUAACAUUGAUGGUACAAGAAGCACGACAAUGUCUACACCAUUCGCAGCCACAUCUUUAACUGACUCAUGUAAUAAACCAUUUGUUUCCUCUUUUGUAAGUCCAACUACUACUUUAGCAUCUACGCUCGAUACAUCAUCGAAACCUUAUGUUUCCGUAUCAUCGAUUUCUGAAAUUUCAAAGAAACCAAAUCUUCAAACAGUUACUUUAGAGUCUUCACAAAAGACUACUGUGCCUCAAACUUCAACAACCGAUGGUUCUCAACCAUAUGUUCGUGCAAGUUCUGUAUUUCAAAUGCUACAACAACAACAAAGAGGAAAAUCAGACACUCCUAUUUCAGAAGUGAUAGAUGAAACAGAAGAGGAUGUUACCACUGUAUAUCCUCUGUGUUGGCAAACAAGUGGUACAAAGCCUAGCUCGAAAUUAGACGCAGAUAAAUCAAUUAUUACGACUAAACAGAAUACUGGAUAUGUUACCAUAGCAGAGAACCCAAAGUUAGAUCAACAUAGAACAUCGACGUUAUCAUCAUCGUAUGUGCAGCAUGAAAGGUUUGAGAAGCCACUGCCACAAAGUACUACUGGACAGUCAGAUGAACAAUACAGUAAAGUGACUGUUGUGCCAAGUACUAUUCAAUAAAAAGGAAAAGGUGCAAAUAUAUUAAUUGUGGCAGUGUAGCUUGUGUAUUUUGUUACUUUGUGUAAACUUUUUUCAAUGUAGGAACAUUUUUCAAUGAACAAUGAUGGUGCAAUACGAUUUCACGUUUGUAGGUGCUUUCAAAAGAUAAUGAAACUUAAAUCCUACAUUGGUUUUUACAGAUAUAGUAUUUAGGUUGGAGGACAAAUACUGAUAAAUACUAAAUUGGAACACAAAACAUACAUCUUAAAAGAUAUAUCGCGAUAUUUUGUCAACACGUAUCGAUGUGUUUAAAAUUUUAGUAUUUUCUAGGAUUAUUCACAAGGCAGCAUGAUUCGAUAUUGAAUCAGCGGCUGAAACAAGAAAAAAAAAAGAAAAAUUAAAAAUAAAAAUUGAAGAAUGUCGUAUGUAAAACGAUAUAUUCGGUAUAAGGAUACAUCGAAUAUGAAACACCCUCAUUUGUGAAAGUAUGUAUAAAAUGAAUUUUUUUUGUAUCAUAUAUAUUAUCAUAUAAUGUGAUUUAAAGAUCACUAGCAACGCCAUAGAGUAAGGAUUUAGAGUAAGGAUUAUAAAUAAAUUAUGUGGCAUACAUCUAUCGACAAACAACUCGUAGUUGUCUGAACAAUCAAAUUUUUCGCUAUCUAUAGUAGUAUAAUAAUUUUCACUGUAGAAAGAUUGUUAUUUAAUCAUUGUGAAGCUUUUAAUCGACUCUGUAUAGUAAUAUUAAUAUUUCGAAAUAUGUUCAAAACAACGAUUUGAAAAAUUUCAAAAAUGUUUUCGUUAUGAAUUAUUUUAUAACAUAAAUUAUCGAUAUAAAUGCAUUCUUUCGCUUUAUCGUGCAUAGUAAUAAUAUGUAUAUUAAUCAAUUUUUUCUUUUUUAAUCUCAAUGAAAUUUAAAAAUUAUACAUUUAUAGGAACAAAUAUUUUUAUUGUUCCAAUAAACAAAUAUUCAUAAUCAAUUGAAAAAGUAUUCGCAAUUAUAAAUUACUUAUAAAAUUAAAUUACAAAUAUUAAAAAGUUGCUAAUUUCUAUCUCUUUUAAAAUUAAGUUGAAAGAGAUGAAAAUUGAUAUUUUUUGAAUCAUUAGUUUGUUAAACUCGUAUAUUAUGUACAAAAACUAUAUCAACUUUUUUGUUAAACUACAUUCGUAUGCGCAAUUUGUUUAUCUGUACAUAUAAUUUACAAAUUGUUCCUGUAGUACCUUACUAACGCUAGCAAUGAUUGACAGAAAGUACGCAGUAAAAACGAAAACUAUUAACAAGUACAGGGUCAAAGAUAAUAAGAUAAGAAAAAGUUAAUCAAAUUGCAGUUUCGAAACUAAUUAAAUUUUUGCAUGUUUCUUACAUAUUUUGUUAUCGAUUGAAAAUAUUUAAAUAAUUAAAAGUAACAUAAUUUUUUAUAUUUUAAAUAUCAUUGCUGACUGUAUUAAAAUCUUUUAAUGAAAUUUUCAUAUCUUUUAAAUAAAAGAAAUAUAUAAUUUUUAGGUCAAUUUCAAUUUCAAUAAAUAAAUUGUUUUUAAAUUUUUAAAAAAUAAAAUCAUUUAUAUAAAUAUUUCAAACAAAUUGUCAGUCAGCAAUGCAAAAUAAAGAUAUUUUGAAAUAAAUAUUAUAAGCAGCUCAUUUUGCAAAAAUUUUAAGGAACUAUGCAAUGCCAUUAAAACAUUAUGUUAAAAAGAGCAAGAUUAUAUAUAUAUAUAUACACAUACAUAUAUAUGCAUAAUACCUUAAGCUAGUCAUUGAUGGGGUACAUGAGUUUUUACAGGCCUUUUUUAAUGAUUUAUACUUUACGAAUGAUUAUUGAAUGGUUUUUUAACCCUCGAUUCUUCAUUAAUGAUUUUGUUAAAAUGUUGUUAAUUUGUUAAUUUGUUAAUAAUUAUCGACAUAUCAUUUGAUGCUAAACUAUACAAAUUGAAAUAUAUCAUUUAAUGUAUUAAUUACUGUUUUGCAAGUUAUCGAAGAUUUUUAUAUAGAUUAUAUUAUCAAACAUAAAAAGAUAUACAGAGUGAGUCAGAAAUAUAUGUGAAAGUAUUAAUUUUAUGUGAAAAAAUAAGUUAAAAAUAUAGAAUAAAAAUUUUUCAUUUGAAAUUUCGUUUUCGAAUAAAUUAGUAAGUAUUUAAAAAUUUUUCGAACUUGAUUUAUUCAAACUUAAAGUCUUAAAUGAAAAAAAUUUAUUUUAUAUUUUCAACUUAUAUAGAAUUAACUUUUCAUGUUCUGAGUCACUUUAUAAAAAAAUAGAAAAAAAGAAAAAUUUUAUUUUCUUUGUAUUAUACGAACAAUUAUUUACGAUUGCAUAGGAUCGUAUUUGCCUCAUAUCGAACAAUCGAAUUAUUAAAUUCUAGCAUAUUAUAUAUAUAUAUAUAUAUAUAUAUCAGUACAAAAAAGGCCUGGGAGGAUUUUUGCAGUAAUUAUUUCACAAGCUCAAACAAGUUUUACUGAUCUUGUUAAGUUAUAACUUGUAAAAGUUGUAUUCGUUAAAAUGUAGAAAAAAAGAAGAUGAAGAUUAUAUAAUAAAAUAUUGUUUGAACUUAUGAAAUAUUAUUCAAUGAGUGUCACGGAUGAAUUUGAUAAUCUGUGGUACUUUCUCUGGAGCGAGCUUACAUAUACUCGUAUGUUAUAUUGUUGUUACUAAGAGAAAAGCCGCUAAUAUUUAAUGAAUUGCGUGUAAUCUGUAUAAAAUACUACUUAGUUCGUAAAAAUAUUAGAUAAAAUUAAAAAAAGGAUUAAGAAAAAAUAAUUAGAUGACGAUGAAUAAUAAAUACGUUUGGUGCGUCAUGAAUGCAUUGGAUUUAUUUUUACAUUCGGAAAGGUAGAUAUUUUCAUCUUUCAUAUACAAAAAAAUGUUUAAAGAUAUGUAUAAAAUUUAAAUAUACAAGAGUAAAUUCGUAUUGAAAAUUAUUGUCUAUCCAACAAGGAUCUUCUAUUAUACGAAAGAAUGAAAAAAAAAAUAAAUAAAAAAUAAAUAAACAAAUAAAGUUAUAGAUUAAUAUAUUGCUAUCUUUGUAAAAACGAAAAGUAAAAUGCACGAAUGCACGCAAGAUUUUGAGAUAUGCUCAUUGAAAUAAGUAUUUUUCACGGUAAAGGCUUCUAGAUUGAUUUAGAAAGUAAAUAAACGCAUCUAUUUGUUAGAUUUUACAUGUCUUCAUUGUAUAUAUAUAUAUCUAUUAUUAUCUAUUUUUGUUACAUAUUUAUAAAUGAAAAAGAACUACUUUAUUGCACAUUAUAAGUAUAUAUAUAUAUAUAAUAUAUAUAUAUAUAUAUAUAUAUAUAUAUAUAUUCUGUCUAUAUGUAGUCUAAUCUAAAAAUUUUAAACGAUAGAUUUGUGGUGUGAACGAUUUAUAUAUAUAAUAAAUAUAACAUAUAUAUGAUAUAUAACAUAUAAUAUAAUAUGUAUAUAUAUAUUAUAUUAUAUUAUAUAUAUGAAUUUAUAAAGAUAUAUAAAAGAUAUAUCAAUGAUUUAUAUGACACGUGUAAGACAUAUUUCUAUUAUUAAACAUUUACCUUUAUCGAUUAAUUUGCCUUGCGGAAAACAGGCAUAUAUAAAACACGUAUAUUCCUUUUUUCUCAAUUUUUUUUUAUAUAGCCAAACAGAGUUCGUAUAAUUUAGUUAAAUAGUUUUUUAAGAUGUUUAUAAUUUUUAUAUUAUAUAUCUUCAUCGAUAUUAUGGGAGCUCAGUGUUACAGUAAAUUGACAAUUUGAUUAAAUUAAAAAAAAUUGAUGAAAUUAAUUGGUAUAAAUGUAUUUUAUAUAAUGUAAAGCAAUCUUAGUGCAAUGAUUCACAAUGUAAUCAAUUUUUGUAAAUAUCAUUAAGUGAUUUUUCUUUUUUACAUAUAACAUAAUUGUAUUGAAAUAUUAUUACGUAAAACAUAAUUAAUUUCAUGAAUUAUGUUUUUAUAUGGACUCCCUAAUUGUAGAUUUUUUUCUUCUUAAUAUAUAUUUAGAAUGCAAUGAAUUGUUGAUAUAAAUUAUCAGAUUUUCAUUAAAAUAUUUGUUGUUAAAAUAUUGAAAGAAAAGUGUUCAAAAUUUCAUUUUACGUAUUUUACACGUGCCUGUUUGUUUCUGUGGAAAUUAAAAAUUUCAAUUAUUUGCAAUAAUUAUCUUGUUCUUAAGCAACAUUAAUAUUUGUAAAUGAAAUAAAUUUUAAUUUCAAUGACAAUUAAUGUUGUAAAAUUAUGAAAAUGUCUUUUUGCAGAAAUGUGCAGACACCGCGAUAAUAACUAUACUAAUUAGUCAUGGAAUACUUUAAUCUUGUAAUCUCUUUCAAAAUAAAUUAUAAUCAUAUAUGAAUUUUAAGAUUUAAUAUAUUAGAAUAAUAGUCAAACUUUAUGUUAAGGAAAUAAUUUCUUUUUUAUUAAUCAGAGAAUCUAAAAAUAAUUUUAAGAGUAUUCCAAGAUUAAUAAACUAAUUCAUGAUAAUCUACAUCGAGCUAAUUAUAUUAAUCUAAUAAGAUCUUGUACAGACUAUUGUAAAAUAUAUUUUUACUACAUUU